GUGUACAUCAUGUUCUCUCUUCUUCUCGCGAGAGAACAACUGUCCGGUGGAAAACUAAACAAUUCAGCAGAGCUCGGAUUCUUUCCCCUUGUUGAACAGGACAAGGAGUCACCAGGUUUCACCUGAGCUACCUUCUUCACCACCACCAUGACUGCUGUUGUGAGAGGUUCUGCCGGUGUGCCUAUUCGAGGCCCUGGUGAUGGCAUGGAAACUGAAAAACCACUAGCUAUCUCAGAGGUUAACAAUGACACCCCACUGCCACCAGUUUCAUCUGAAGUCCCUCUCCUCAAGAUAGCCAGUCCAAAACACAGCCCCAAAUCCACUCAUGUUACACCCGCUGCUACCCCGCAACCUCUCGGGGUCCUCCUCCUGGGCAAGGUGAGUCGAGAGGCCUGUACAGAGGUGGAUGCUGUGAGGAUCAUCGUACCACGAGCUGCCAUAAUCCGGAGCAACCGAACCAGACCAUCUGAAGGAAAAGGAGAAGCAGGGCAGCAGGGUGAGGAGCAAGGCUCUCCUCCACUACCUUUGGUGGAAGACUGGAGAGGACAAAUGGAGAAGCUGCAGAACUCUGAACGCAGGCUUCUUCAGGACAAGGAAGGUCUUUACAAUCAGCUCCGUGUGCAAACAGAGGUGAAUCGUGAGCUAAAGAAACUGCUGGUAGCAUCUGUUGGGGACGACCUCGAGUACCAAUUUGAGCGUCAAGCCCGGGAGAAAAACCAGCUCAUUCUGGAGAACGAAGCUCUGGGCCAAAGUCUGGCCCACACCGCAGAGCAACUGGAGCGCAUGAACAUCCAGUGUGACGUCUGGAGGAGCAAGUUCCUGGCCAGCAGAGUCAUGGCAGAGGAGUUGACAAAUGCCAGAGCAGCUCUGCAGAGACAAACCAGAGAGGCACAAGGAGCGAUCCAGGACCUGCUGCUGGAGAGAGAGGAGUUCACUAGGGAGAUGAUGUUCACUCACAGGUCUCUGGAACAGCUCCUGGUGUCUUUGCAGUGGGGCCGACAGCAGACGUAUUACCCCAGUGCACAGCCCCUCUGCAUGGGAGAGUUGGCUGCAGCUAAUCACAAGCUGGCAGAUGCCAUCAACUCCCAUCUGCUGGGUAAGAACACCAGCAGCCGCGACAGCGUGACGAAGAGCAGCAGCGCAGCGGCAGAGCAGCUCUGUAGCACACCAGCGGAGAAGAUGGCUGAGAAGGUCCUGAAGAUUUUAAAUCCAAUUACUUGUUCAGAAAGCAAGGAGGAGCUUCAGCACACAGAUUCGACUUCCUCAAACUUCCUGAACAAGAAGAGCAUCGGCAGGUUUCACCCUUACACCCGCUAUGAGAAUAUUACGUUUAACUGCUGCGAGCGCUGCUCUGGGGACAUCAUAGUGCUGUAGAGGUGCAAAGAUCUUCACCUGGCUUACUGGACGUCACUUGUAUGUCACAAAACCUGGCAGGACAUGUUUUGUCUUUUCUUUUUGGUGGUUUCAGUGCACAAAAACUUGUCAGGUUUUGUUGAUUCAGAUGAUGGUUUAAAAAUAUCUGAAAUCCAAAGAACGCAAAUAAGUAAUUUGUUUUGGAUUUUUAAUGCAAUAAUAGAAAAUAAUUUCAGCUUUAUUGUAGCCUGGUUUAAACCAUGUUUACUGGUAGGAUGGGCAGCCUAACGUGUUGCAUGGAGGAAAAAGAUAAAAUUUCACUUAUUUAACUGAAUCAGUUUUUUUUUCCCUCAGCUGAGGAAAUAGGCUGCGAUGAGUCAUUUAGCUUUAAAUGAAGCUAAAUGGAUCAUUUGGACAGUUAAUGAAAAUAAGUGUGGAUGCCUCUUAAAUAGCAGGAUUAUUUUUCUCUAUUGUCACUGCAGUAUUUUCAGAUUUUAAAAACUCUUAAUACUAUUUAUCUAUGUUUCAACUUGCUGUACAGACUUGAAUGUUAGUGUUUUAAAAGUGGACUGUUGGUACAUCGGCCUUUGAACAGUGUUGUUGCUAAAAGAAAACCUGUUAGGAUUUUAAUGAAUUUUGAUUCAUUUUAAGUCACUUUUUUUUUUUUGCUUUAUACUAAAUUAAUUUUAAAACCAAGAGCAGUUUUUUUAUAAGCCAGUUGUACAAUAUGUUGGUUCAUGUCAUCUGCAUAAAGAAGUCUCUUUGCCAUAAGAGGUAAUGUUUUUUAUUUUGAAAGUAUUACAAACUUAUUUAUUCAUUUUGAUUUCUGUGGACUAAAAUAAAGACCAAAGAAGUUUUUACCUUUUUAA